AUGAUAAAUAUGAAAUCUAUGAAUCCUCUCUCGUGCAUACUGAGUGAUAAUAGGCUCACUGGGCCUAACUUUUCGAACUGGCUCCGUAACCUGAACAUUGUCCUGAACAUGGAGGCUUUGGGAUACAUCCUGGAGACUCAGGAGAUUGAACUCCCUGGCGGGGAUGCUACGAGUGAUCAGCAAGACGCAUAUGAUCAGUGGUCUGUUGAUGACACGAAGGUCCGCUGCUAUAUGCUUGCUUCCAUGAGCAAUGAGUUGAAGAGGCAGCAUGAGAACAUGAAGAGUUCUCGUGAGAUCUUGAAGAAUCUCAGGGAGCUAUAUGGGGAGAAUAGCAUGACUGCACGAUAUGAGAUAUCGAAUGAAUUGUUCCGUGCGAGAAUGCAAGAGGGAACUAAAGUCGCAGCUCAUGUGCAAAAGAUGAUCAACCUGAUUCAGCAGCUUGAGAAACUUGAGUUCCAGAUGGAUAAAGAACUCCAUGUGGAUUUUAAUGUAAUGAACAACAAAAUGAAGGAUAAGGAAUUCAUUCUUGUGGCUGGUACUUCUUCCAGUAAGACUAGGAAGAAGAAAAAGAAGUCCAAGAAAGGCUCUGUUCCUUAG